AUGGGGAGGCUGUCCUCCUCUUUCUCAUCCUCCACCUCCUCCUCCAUGGGUGUCUCAAUGGAAAGGUCUUCUCCACCCACCCACACCCUAAAACAGUCGAAACAGCAGCCAAACACAGUAUACAAUGUUGCAUUCUGUGCCGGUGUCCGGGAUGAGGUCUACGUGACCCACGGUAGUGGUCUGCUGAGCAUGAUGAAGGAAGGACCAAGUGCUAACGCUUGUUUAACCUCCAGCUCGACAGCUCUUUCCAGUGUGAAUAUGUGGACAUUUUUUCAGCUCUCAGUUCCAUAUCAGCUGAUCAUGGCGUAUCUCUCAGCUGUUAGGGGCUGUCAAAUGGACGACAUCGAUUGGCGUGAUGUCACCAAAGUGGAAUUGCACUCUCAGCCUCCCUCAUUGUGCGCCCGGUGCUAUCAGCGGCCAUUUCUGCCUCGAAUAGGUCCGUGUGGACAUGUAUACUGCUACCGGUGCAUCUGGAUUCGCAUUACAUUUAACCAUGAUGAGCGUGUUGAGGUGUCCAAGCUGUCCUUAACCCUUAAAAUAGUGGAUCUUGAGAGGGAUAUUUCAGUCAGCUGUCGCCCUUGUGAAAUAAAAAUUUAUGUGCAGGGCAAAAGAAUGCUGCACUCAUGUGUACAAGAUCAGCUGAUCAUGGCGUAUCUCUCAGCUGUUAGGGGCUGUCAAAUGGACGACAUCGAUUGGCGUGAUGUCACCAAAGUGGAAUUGCACUGUCAGCCUCCAUCAUUGUGCGCCCGGUGCUACCAGCGACCAUUUCUGCCUCGAAUAGGUCCGUGUGGACAUGUAUACUGCUACCCGUGCAUCUGGAUUCGCAUUGCAUUCGACCACGAUGAGCAUGUUGAGGUGUCCAAGCUGUCCUUGACCCUUAAAAUAGUGGAUCUUGAGAGCUUUUUCCUUGGAGGUACAUUUGUCUUUUCCACAGAUCAGCUGAUCAUGGCGUGCCUCUCAGCUGUUAGGAGCUGUCAAAUGGACGACAUCGAUUGGCAUGAUGUCAUCAAAGUGGAGUUGCAUUGUCAGACUCCAUCAUUGUGUGCCAGUUGCUGUCAACGACCAUUUCUACCUCGAAUAGCUCCGUGUGGGCAUGUGUACUGCUAUCCGUGUAUCUGGAUUCGCAUUGCGUUCGACCACGAUGAGCGUGUCGAGACGUGCCCAAGCUGUGGCCGACCUCUGAAAAUAGUAGAUCUCAGAAGAGUUAGUACCUUUCAGGCAUACACUCCGAAAGUUGGUGACCUUAUGAAGUUUCAGUUUAUGCGCAGGGACAAAAGGAUGGUAAACUCAUAUGUAUUGGAUAUCUGGACUGCAAAAUAUCAUUCGCAUUUGGUAAAGGCGAAGAAAAGAAAUUUUUUGCAUCUCAUUCGGAAAGAUAUUGCCUUAACGAAGAAAUACAUAUUAGAACGACGAAGUGCGGGAAGUCAAAGCAUCACACUGAUGGUGGCAAGAGAGAUAUUGUGUAGUCUUCGACAACAGCUAGAAUGUUUAAUACAAGAUAUCAGAAACGGCUUUGGCCCCACCACUCGAAAAUAUUACCUCGAGCUACAUAGUCAUGAUAUAUUCCUUCAUGCUAUUAAUAGAAGAUGUCUUUUGACUCUGUACGGCGAAUCAAAGAUGCCCAAAACGGUUUCUGGAAGGGUGGUUGCUGUUAAGCGCUUUACCAUGGAUUUGAUUUUACGUGACGUGAUUCGACCACUGCGCCACCUGCCACUUGGUCACACCUUCUACUUCGUAAUACUGGAUUUCGGUUUCUCAGCUCUCAAUGAAAACACCUACUUCCGAAGAGAAUAUGAAAGGCUAAUGGCCGAAAUGUCUUUGGGUCAUAUGGACAUCGUGGAUGCAGUCGGUUAUGAUAUCAAUGACAAAUUAUCUCUUGAUUUAAAACGAACCGAUAUUUACUUCGUGGACGAGUUAUUCUCUCUCCCUCACGCAGACAUGCGGUCGCCCCUUGAAGGCAGCUCCAUUCAAGAAUCUCCUGCGCAGAAACCCAUUCAUUGGCACAUCAUUACUCUGCCUUCGGGUUCGCAGGCCCUUUUCACAACUCCGCUGCUGCGAAAGCGUCUUCAGGACCAGCUACCCAAACGCCCUUAG